AUGCAACAGUUCAAUGCUUUGAGCUAUAAAGGCUAUGAUAAGAAGCAAUUGAAGAAUAAAUGGGACAAUUUGAGGAAAGAUUGGAAUAUAUGGGACAAACUGUUGAACAAAGAGAACAGUUUAGGAUGGGAUACCGAAAAGAAUACUGUUUCAAUAUCGGAGAAGUGGUGGAAUCAAAAGAUUAAGGGUGUUACACGAGGCACGUACAUGUGGACAUCUACGGCUGAUGAUCCGCAAGAUGUGCAUAGGCCUCAAUUGGAUUUGACUGAAGGAUCAAAAGACAGUGAUGAUGUAAGAAACAUUAGUGGUAUCCCAGAAAUUAGGCAGGUUAACUUGAAUAAUGCAUACAGUGGUGGUACUAAUUCAGGGAGCAAGCAAAAGAGAGAUGAAAGUGGUCAAAAUAAGAAGGGAAAAUAUCUUGCAAUGGUGAUGGUUGAUUCAGUGAGUCGAUUAGUGUUCACACAAGAGGAUAGGGUUUCAACAUUAAAGUCAAUUCUUAAUUCCACAGAGGGUGGAACAAAAUCAGUUGAUCAAAAUGUAGUGGAUGUGGCAAAGGAACUUUAUGGAAUCGAGGAGAUUGCUUGUGAUGAGGUAUUUCUUGGACAGUGUGCUGUGGCCUUGCUAAAUAAGACCGCAAGGGACAUGUAUAUUGGGCUUAAGGAUAACAGAAGAGUAUUAGUGGCCUAUUUGAAGUGCUUGGGCAAAAAAGCAAAUUAG